GUUCUCCUCUUUUCCGCCUGUCCUGUCGCUUCGUGCAGGUUUAGACAUCUGCAUGUCUCGUUCUGUCUGUCUAUUUGGCGCCCGCAUGUGAUGCUACCCCCGCCGAAUACAGCGCAGCGCCGUCGGGCAGUGCACUCCGUUUAAUCUCUCAUACAGCCUUGGUGGCUGGCCCAGACAAUUCGCUCGCCGCAAAUAAAUAAAGACGAUCCACCACCCCGCCAUCACCAUCAUCUCUCCUGCUCGUCCUCGACCGUCUCGAGUCUGUCGAGUCUGCUCUCCGCGGUGUUAAUGUGUUAAUGUGUUGAUGUUAUGCAAUGUUCUGCCGAUAGACCUUAAUUCUACUUAUUCUUUACAACCGCAAGAGCAUCCAAGACGCUCUGCCGGAUGGCGGCUGUCUACAGCGAUGAGAUGCCCGUCGAAAUCACGUCCCUCCCUCAGGCCCCUGGCGUCGGCGCUCUCAAGGACAUCACCUAUGGCUCGAUUGCCGGAAUAGUGGGCAAGUGCAUCGAGUACCCAUUCGACACAAUCAAAGUCCGCCUUCAAUCGCAACCAGACGGUGUGCCUCUUCGAUAUAGCGGGCCGCUGGACUGUUUCCGCCAGUCGCUGCAGACGGGCGGUUUUCGAAGUUUGUACCGCGGAAUCAGCGCUCCUCUGACCGGCGCGGCUAUUGAGAACAGUAGUCUGUUCUUCAGCUACCGCGUCGCGAAGGACGUCUUGCAGUCGACGGUAUACUCGUCCUCGGAGCGCCUGCCGCUGAGCGGGCUAUUGAUCAGCGGCGCUCUGUCUGGUGCUUUUACAUCUAUACUUCUUACCCCAAUUGAACUGGUGAAAUGUAAGAUGCAAGUCCCGUCAGCGGGGGGUAAACCUGGCCCACUGGCCAUCAUCACAACGGUGUUCCGUCACAAUGGAGUCUUUGGGCUUUGGCGAGGACAGAUGGGGACUCUGAUACGAGAAACAGGAGGGUCGGCAGCUUGGUUCGGCAGUUAUGAAGGCGUAUCAGCGCUGUUCAGAAAGACGUCAAAGGAGGCACCUGUAUCUACCCCUCUUCCACUAUACCAGCAAAUGCUAGCCGGAGCCGCUGCUGGGGUUAGUUAUAAUUUCAUCUUCUACCCGGCGGACACGAUCAAAUCCCGCAUGCAGACCGAAGACAUCUCACUUUCCUCUCAACGGCGGUCUUUCUGGGGUGUUGGAAAAGCGCUCUGGCAGCAACAGGGCUUGAAGGGGUUAUAUCGCGGCUGCGGCAUUACAGUUGUGCGGUCUGCCCCAAGCUCGGCAUUCAUAUUCUCGAUUUACGAAGGCUUAAACCAUUAUAUCGGAUAAAUCUAAACUACUGACGAGCUAGUGACAUGACAUAUGGGCGGUGUUGGCGUUGAUAUAGACUAUAUAAAUAGCGAGUGAUUCAAUAUACUAUCCUACCACAUACUUG